GCUCAAAUUGUUUCGUACGUUGAUGUUCUAGCAAUGCUCAAGUCCUUGACUUGAUUCCUUAGUACCAAUUAUGAGAGUCGCUUUUAGCACCGUAUUGUUUUUGUGUGUAAGCCUUGAUAUUGCCGUAUGUAACUCAGAAGUGGAUGAUGACUCAUCUACAAGAACUACCCUACAACUGCGUGAUAGUGUGGAGUUUUCUUACUCGAUAUCGAAUUUCUUUUUGGAUCUUAUUCGUGGUCAGAAACCACCAACAGCUGUUCUUGAAACCCUUGUCAAUAUUCAAACUUCACACCACUCAAGACUCGCAUAUAGAAGCAUUGAACCUGUUGUAACAACAUACUUGGGAUAUGGCAUAUGUCUUGUUGUCGGUCUGCUAUUUGCUAUUUUUAUGCCCCUUAUUGGAAUCGUUUUCUUCUGCGCUCGGUGCUGUGGAAAAUGUGGUGGGCGUGUACAGUUUGUAGAUUCAAAGCACGAUCCUUGCAAACGAGUUGUAUACACAAUAUGCCUAGUCUUGAUUGUGACGUUUCAAUUGGCUGCUGUUGUUUUGGCUUUCAUCAAUCACCAUUUAUUCCAUGAAGCUUUGGCCAGCAGAGACCCGCGCAUAGGUGCUUUCAGUCAAGCUAACCUUAGCCUUAUUGAGUUUGAAGAGGCUCUAAAAGAUAUGAUACAGAUGGCAAAGAAUACUUCUUCAACAGAUCUUAGUAAACAAAAAGAACGCUUCAUGCGAAUUAUAGAUGAUGGCCUUGUGAGCUUUGAAGAAGAUUUUACUAAACUAUCUCAAGCGAAUAAUGUAUCUGAUGCAAUUUCAGGAUUUCAAACAUCUGCACGAGCUUUCCUUCCUGGAUCUGAGGCAAUCGCACAAAUAAGUUACUUUAACCAUACACUUCACGGAGUGAUCUCUGAACUACCUACCAUUCGUCAGCGUUUAACUGAUACAUUGAAUACAGGUUGUCCCAUUGAUAAGAUCAUUGAAUGCCGAGAAUUGAUGGAACUGGCCAACGAUCAGUUAAAAGUUCGUGUUCCACCAAAUGUGUUCCAAAUAGAAGAAGUGAUUUCUAUUUCUAACCAAAUUCAACGGCAUCUUCCUGAUGUUGACUAUCUCAAUGAUUUUAAUAAAACUAUCAGUAAUCUGGCCGUAAAUGUGAAACGUUCCAUUAGUGAUGAUCUGGAUCGUGCCUGGAACGAUUUAGCUCAGUCUCCAAAGACACGAGAGAAACUAGCUAGUGUAUUCGAACAUAUUAUGGUUAAUGUAAGCACCACUUUAAAAUUUAUUCGUGAUCGAAUUUCAUUGGAGAUUAAUGAAGAAAUAAAUGAUCAUUAUUUACGAGCUGUCGAAUAUGUGUUAUAUGGUGGCGUGGCUCUGCUGUGCAUUCCCAUUUUAAUUUUCCUGAUAUUAUAUCUUGGACUAUGCUUCGGCACUUGUGGUGAUCGUCCAUAUGAAGAGGCCGGUUUGUGUAAUCGGGGUGUUGGCGCUAAUUUCCUACUUGCAGGUGUAGGAUUCAUGUUUCUUUUCUCAACUAUCUUGAUGGUCUCUUGCAUUGUACCUUUCCUUUUUGGCGGGACCUUGCAAACUGAAGUCUGUCGAUAUCUGACUGGUCGCUAUCCAGAUGGUCCCCGAAAAAUGGACCAAUACGUUUUUGAAAGUUUAAAAUCAAUUUUUUAUGCCGUUGAGGGGUCACUCUCGGACUCGUCCAAAUCUAGGACAUUUUAUGUUGACAAAAAUGAACUAGAUGCUAUCAGACCAACGUUGGAUAUUAUUCGUUUAAAUCUGUCGGACGCUAUUUUGACUCGAUGUGAAAACGAACCAUUCGUAGAAGCGAUCAGCACCGGAGAGUUCGUUUCGCCUGUACUAAGUGAGGCAAUUGACGGAAUUUUGCAAGGUCUCAUCGAGUCAUUUAAGAAAAUGGACUUAGAGUCUCCUUUUCGUCGUACUAUCCAAUCGUGUUUAGCAGCUUUUGAACGUCUUAAAUUUCUUUCUGUUGUCGAUAUUAGGGAAGCUAUCAAAGAAGUCAAUAAUCCACUAACUUUUAUUGACAAUCUCGAUGAAUUUGUGUCUAGAUUGAAGGCUUUAAAUAUGAACUCUUUAACUCCACAUAUUCAAGCUCUUGUGAAUGGACCUGUGAAAUUAGAUGCCACUCGUGGUAACAUUUACACCUUGUUUAUGCGAUUCAAUAGUAUACCGGAUCAAAUGAAUCACGCAGUUAUCAAUCUUAAUAAAUACAAUCAAACGUUAUCUACUUCUGUCCAGUCCUCUAUGAAUCGUGGAGUUAACAAACUUCGUCCACUUUUAACUAAAGAAUUACAAUUGGCUGUUAUAGCCACUUGGCAUGAUAUUCCGUGUCAGUCACUACGCUUAGCUGCAAAACGUGGAGUUGAUUCAGUUUGUUAUACAUUUUUAAUGCCAUUUAACGCAUUUUGGACUGGAUUAGGAUUUACACUACUUCUUUUCAUUCCCGCUAUUAUUUUCGCUGUUAAACUGGCUGGUUUAUAUCGCAAAACAGAGAAAUAUAGUCGCGAUUACGAAGAACCGGAUUACAUAUCAUAUCAUGGCUUCUAUAUGAGACCACCAACAGAUUAUCAGGACAAUUCACAGAAACCCCGAAACAAAUCUCGUAAACAUAAAGGUAUGAAUGAGUCAUUUAUUUCUCUUCUCUAUUUCCCCUUUUUUGAUAUGUAGUAAUACAAACUGUUUUGUUUUGCAUGCUGUCAUAUUCGAUUCGGGAAUGUCCCGUCUUUUAUUUGCUUUACAUAAAUGUAUAUCAAUGUUUGUUAUACAUGUGUCCAGUAUAGACAUAUUAACAUGUCUGUGAAUGUUGUUUUUCGUUAUUCCUGUUAUACUGUCUUACUAUUUUAACUAACUGUCAUUGUCAUUGAUUUUCAUUUUAAUCUAAUCACUUUUCCAACAUGAUUGUUUUUUCCUAAAACUAUGAUUUUUGUUCAAUAUACGUUAUAUUUGUAGAGGAAAAGGGGGAGUGGGUUGAACAUACUAAAAGAUUUGGUAAUGUCGACCAUGAUUGUGUUGGUUUCUCACUUUUCACUUUUGCUCACACAUUUUUUUCUUCUUUUUUUAUCCAGUGCAGUUUAAUUGUCAUUUAAAAGUCCUUUUACUGAUGAAAUUGUUAGUACUUAUGUAUAUCAACAUAUCUAGGUAUCAAUUACGCUUAUGUUUACAUUUUCAAGCCAGAAAAAAAUUUGUCCAGCUAAGUUAAUUAAUAGUUGUAAAUCGACACACACGACAGACAUGCAAUCGAUCCAACAUUUUCUAGUCAUUCUAGCUCAGGUUCAAAACCCUCUCCAUCUACUUCAUCUUGGUUAAUUUUGUAGCAACAAGAGCCAAAUGCACUAAUAUAGUAUCUUGUAAAUAGGUUAAUAACACUAAUAUGUUCCUUAUGUAUAAAGUAUUGAGUGCGUACUAAUAAAUUCUAAUCAACUGACUUAUUAUAAUGCUUUUUUCUUGUUCUGCAAUUGAAUUUACUAUGUAAUAUAAAAUACAUCGCUUACAUAGUUUAAUUCGUAUCACUGUGUAUAUUUAACUCUCGGUUUUAUUUCAUUUAUAUGAAUUUUGAAAUAUGAUUAUAUAUUCUUUUAGUUAAUGAACAAAACUCACAUAAUAAUAUGUGUUUAGAUACUGAAUCACGUAUGUUCUAAAUGUUAUUGUUCCUUAAAAUAUACUAUUCAUUUGUAUAUUAGUUUAAGAGGAUUACAUUAGAUAAAUUCAUCAUUCUGUGAAAUAAAACAUUCUAUGUUCUAUAGGAAAUAAUAAUAACAUUUGGAAAACAAAUAGAGUUAGAAAGUCAAUUAGAAAUAAUGUGAAUAUGUUUGACAGUUAGUUGUCGUCUUAUUUGUAUUUGCAGUAUUAAUAACGACACAUUUUUGGUUGUCCUACAGCAUAUUCGGUUUAUGAAUAAUUGAGGAUCUUUGUAAUACGAAUCAAAGAAUAUGUGCUCCAAUAAAUAGAGCGUCUGUCACACAACAACAUUUCAACAUUAAUUAUCCACAGGCUAAUAGAGGGAAUAAAACUUUCAGGGUAACUUUAUGUUUCGUACAGAUGUAAAAUUUGAGAUGGAACAACUCUAUCUUUGCAUUGUCAUUCAAUAACCUUGGGGUACGUAACAAACCAAUCAAUCAGGUAGCAACAAUUUUUUUUCGCGGAAAUAUAAAUUAGAUGAAUUUCAUCGCGGUUAUCAUUUAAGAACUAGCUUACAUGUAAUAUAAUAUAAAACUUGAUAUUGUAAUCUUUUUUUGGUAAACACUCAAUUAACACUCACUAAAAAAAAAUCAUCAUUACUAUGAUUUUAUUCACUUCUCAGUCGGUAUAUCGUUUAUGAUGUCAAUUAUUUCCUUGCUAACUUACUGACGAUGAGUUAGUGUCUUACUACCACCUUUGUCUAAUAACUUCUCAUUUAUAAAAUAUAAAUAGCUGUCGAAACUUAGUAUCUAAGUAUCUGUUUCUUUAGUUAGCUCCAAUAUUUUGUUUAAGCGUUAACAAUACUUCUAGGUUGUCGAAUCUGGAAAUGCUUUUAACUUUCAAUUUCGUUGUUGUUAGUUAAGUGUUUUAAUCAACACUCUACAGUGUUAACAUAAGUUUCAUAUUGUCAUUAAAGACUCUUGAAAGACGUUCUGAUUCAAAUUCAGCUAAGGCAAUUAUUCGACUUCAACCUUUAAAUAUAUUUCCUCAAUGUAAUUCCUCAGUUGGGUUUGCAGCAUGUUCAACUGAUCAACCCCAACAAGGCAUCGAGCAAGCUCAAAAAAAACCGCUGACAGUUUCAAUUGCAGCACAGAAGUAAUUUUGGUACAAAUUACCUUUACACUUCAAGUCACAUGAUACAUUUUCUGCCCUAAGCAAGAGGAAAAAGUAAACUGGUUUAUUUGUGGUUAAUCUAUAACCGAGGAGUGACCAACAAGUAUUUUGAAUUUAAUGUUAAUAGUGCAGCUGCGUAGACUAAUAAAACAAAACUGAUUUCAAUGAGAAGUGAAGGAUUAUAUGAAACAACACACACGUAUCAUGGUUUUACCAGCGUUGGGACUGAAGGAACCCAUAUCAUUUUAUCGGGGAGAAGUUAUAAGCGGGAUAAUAAUUAAGUCCUACACCCAGGUUCUAAUUCAGUUGAUUGACUUUCUUCAGUCUGCUCUCUGGUAUGCAAUAAUGUCUCCUUUUCUGUUAAUGUUGUGUAUAUAAGCAUGUAAUUUCACCAAAGAAAAUACCUAUUUUGCGGGCUAGUUUUCUUUUCUUCUGAUAUCAUUUCAUUGGGAGCUCACAUCAAUAAUUCUGUUUUGUGAGCAGCUAUCAUUGCAUUUCAUCUGUCGGUUGAUAUUCUUCUCAUUCAUUUUAUCAACUACGACCAUCGUGCGCUUGUUAAUUCCUACUUGACAACAUAAAUUACUGAACAUUAUCUCCACUCACAAUAGUAAAUUGUAGCUGUUCACAAGCUUGUGACUAUUAUAUGUAUUCAAUUUUUUGAUAAUUUUGCUUCCUACUUAGAUUAAAAUAUAUUCCUAAAUACUUCAAAGUAACUGGAACACGUUUUCUAGGGUUAUAUCUGAACAACUUAUGGUAUCUUCCAGAUUUUUGAAAGGCUCCACACAACCUCGUUAGUAACUUUGUGUAUUAAGUCAAUUUUUGAGAAGCUUAAAUCAACUUUUUAUUUGACUGGCAAUCAAGUUCUACUCAUAAACAGGAAGUCUUUAGGUCUUUUUCAUUCUUGUCUUAUUUUUUAAAGUACAUCCAUCAUCAUGGGCUGCAUAUAUAUUCAUAUUACUUUCCAGUAAUUUUCUUUGCUUGUAUAUGUGUGUAUGUAAAUUAUUGUUAUUAUUAUUAGCUUUAUUCAGUAUUAUAUUUUUGGUACAAUGUAGAAUUCUCAGCACAAUGUAUUUCAACAAGUUUCUGUUUCUUACUUCUUGAUCGAUCCCGACGACAAAUAUUGAGUGAUCACCAGUUAGAAGUUAGCAGUCCAGUCAAUCGAC